UCCCUUGCGGCGAACCCACCCCCGGCAGCCUCCUCCCGCCUUGUUUGGAGCGAGUGGUAUAGUAGCAGAUUCCCCCUCCUCUCUCGUUCCCCCGUCCCGGCUUUCGCCCCGCCGCCUGCGCCGAUCUCCAGCGAGGAGCAGGGGCGCCGUCGUCCUGCAUCCUCUCCGGUUUGGGUUCCAUAGGUGUAUAUACGAAUACGGCUUCCACCUAUCAUCGUUAUGUUCUCACUGCGCAAUGCGUAGAAGCUGCUCUCGCAAGACUCCUCCGGCUCCUCUACUUGUACCAGUAUACUAGACGAUGGCCAAACUUCCAGUAGUUAGUCGCAGUGCAACUAGGAAACCCAACGAAAGCAUGAGGCUUCUCGUAGUAACAAUUAUUGGGGUGGUGUUAGGUUUCUUUAUUGGAAUUUCAUUCCCAACUGUUAGUAUAACAAAGCUUCACUUCCCAUCUAGUAUUGUUUCAUACAUUGAAGACAAGAACUCAGCAUUGACAGCUCAAGCCAUACUAAAUCAUGCUUGGACUACUGCUAGGAAUACAAAGGGAAAUGAUACUGAAUCAAGUUCGGACACUGCCAUGAAGAUUUAUGUGCCAACAAACCCCAGAGGUGCAGAGAGACUAGCACCUGGUAUUGUUGUACCAGAGUCCGAUUUUCAUCCACGCAGGUUAUGGGGAAACCCAGAUGAGGAUCUACCCUUCAAGCCGAAGUACCUUGUUACUUUCACUGUUGGAAUUUCACAGAAAGAGAACAUAAACAGGGCAGUCAAGAAGUUUUCCGAUAAUUUUGCUAUCCUGUUAUUUCACUAUGAUGGUCGGGUGAGUGAAUGGGAUGAAUUUGAGUGGUCAAAGAGAGCUAUACAUAUAAGUGUUCGGAGACAAGCGAAAUGGUGGUAUGCCAAAAGAUUCUUACACCCUGAUAUCGUGGCACCUUAUGAGUAUAUAUUUAUCUGGGAUGAGGAUCUUGGAGUGGAGCAUUUCAACGCAGAGGAGUACAUGAAACUUGUCAAGAAGCAUCAACUAGAAAUCUCACAGCCUGGUUUAGAGCCAGAUCGGGGAUUGACAUGGCAGAUGACCAAAAGAAGAGGAGAUCGCCAGGUUCACAAGGAUACAGAGGAGAGACCAGGCUGGUGCAAUGAUCCUCAUCUUCCACCUUGUGCUGCCUUUGUUGAAAUAAUGGCCCCGGUCUUCUCCAGAGAUGCGUGGAGAUGUGUGUGGCAUAUGAUUCAGAAUGACUUGGUUCAUGGAUGGGGUCUUGAUUUUGCUCUCAGAAAAUGUGUAGAUCCUGCACAUGAGAAAAUAGGUGUUGUUGAUUCCCAAUGGAUUGUACAUCAAGUGGUUCCUUCUCUUGGGAACCAGGGGCAGUCAGAGCACGGAAGGGCGCCAUGGGAAGGGGUAAGAGAGCGUUGCCGGAAAGAAUGGGGAAUAUUCCAGACGAGAAUGGCGGAGGCUGAGAAGUCAUAUUACGAGAUGAUGGGUGUUCCCCCGCCAAACGUAACAUUUGUCCACUAGGCUAUAAUACCUUACCUGCUGUUAAUCCGCUCACCUAUUUUUUAGCCCCAAUACAAUAGUAGCACUUGUGUAGAGAGCUAAGCUAGAUAUGAUGGUGAUAUUCAUGAUACGUGUAGAGCGUACUGAGACGUCAUAUCUAUCUAUUAAUUCAAUUUUUUUCUGCUUGAUC